AUGGAUCAAAAAUUAAGGGACUUAUUGGUUGAAAGAGGUCCCGUAAGAAGAAAUGGUGAUGCUACCUUUCCUAAGGAUGACAAUGAGAAGAGUAGAUAUUUCUCUUCUGUGCACUAUAUUCGCCAUUUACCCAAUGGAGAGAAACACGAUAGAAAAUGGCCAGUAUACUCGGAGGCUUUGAAUAAAGUAUUUUGCUUUUGUUGCAAAUUAUUCAAGAAUGAAGGAAACAAGACUCAAUUGGCCAAUGAUGGAUUUCAAGACUGGAAAAAUAUUGGUGAUAGGCUUAAAAGUCAUGAAACUAAUUGGGAGCACCUCACGUGCAUGAACAAAUGGAUUGAGUUGGAACGAAGAUUUCAGAAGAAUCAAACAAUUGACAAAAGUGUUCAAGAACGAGUCAUUAAAGAGAGGGAACAUUGGAGAGGGGUAUUAUUGAGAGAAAUUGCUCUUGUGGAAGCACUUGCGCAGAAUAAUCUACCAUUUCGUGGAGAAAAUGAAAAGAUUUACCAAAGGAAUAAUGGAAAUUUUUUAUGUUUUAUUCAAAUGAUGGGAAAAUUUGAUCUAGUAAUGCAAGAGCACUUGAGGCGAAUUGAAAAGGGUGAGAUUCAUAACCAUUAUCUCAGUUACAAAAUCCAGAACGAGUUGAUACAGAUGUUAGCGGCGGAAGUGAAGAGUAAAAUUGUUGCAACAAUCAAAGACGCUAAAUAUUAUUCAGUUAUACUUGAUUGUACCCCAGAUGUAAGUCAUGAAGAACAAAUGUCCCUUGUCAUACGAUGUGUGGAUAUUUCAACAAAUCCAAUAGAGGUGAGGGUGAGUGAGUUCUUUUUAGAAUUUUUGAAGGUGGAUGGCACGACGGGAUUGGGGCUAUUUUGUGCACUUCAAGAAGUAUUAGUUAGCCUUCAACUUGAUAUUGGUGAUUUAAGGGGACAAGGUUACGAUAAUGGCUCUAACAUGAAAGGGAAAAAUAAGGGUGUGCAAACAAGAGUACUUGAAGUAAAUCCAAGAGCAUUCUAUACCCCAUGUGGUUGCCAUAGUCUCAAUAUUGUUCUUUGUGAUAUGGCCAACUCUUGUUCUAAAGCAAAAACAUUUUUCGGAGUGGUACAACGUCUAUAUGUGUUGUUUUCCUCUUCAGUCCAACGGUGGGCAAUUUUAAAAGACAAUUUGAAAGAUGUAAAGGGUCUCACGCUUAAGACAUUGUCACAAACACGUUGGGAAAGUCGCAUUGAAAGCAUCAAGCCGAUAAGAUACAAUCCCUCAAAACUAAGAGAUGCUUUGGUAGACUUGGCAAACGACACGACGACAGAGUCGAUAGCACAAAGUGAAGCUAAAUCCCUUGCAAAGAACGAACUUGAGAAUUUUGAGUUCUUGUUUGCCAUGGCUAUUUGGUACAAGUUGUUGUUUGCUGUUAACAUUGUGAGCAAGUUUCUUCAAAGUGAAGACAUGUGCAUAUACCUUGCUAUCGAGAAGUUAAAAGGCCUGAUUGAUUAUUUUGAGAACUACAGAAAAGUUGGUUUUGCGGAGGCAAUGGUUGAUGCUACGGAAAUGGCGAAUGAAAUGGGGAUUGAACCUAAGUUUGUUGAAAAGCGCAUCAUUCAAAGAAAGAAGCAAUUUGAUGAAGAUGUUGCGGAUGAGGUGACACACUCUGCUGAAGAAUCAAUGAAAGUGAAUUACUUCUUGGUAAUUGUGGAUAAAGCUCUUUCUUCCUACAAAGAUAGGUUCCAACAAUUUGAAGUGUAUCAGAAGAAUUUUGGUUUCUUGUUUGAUUUGGAAAAGGCGAGUUCGAGUGAUGAAUGCUUGAAAAAUAAUUGUACCAACCUUGAAGAAGUUUUAAAGCAUGGCGGGGUUUCCGAUAUUGAUGGGAGAGAUUUGUUUGUAGAGUUGAAAUGCUUGAAACAAGUAUUGCCAAGAGGAGUGCAGAAACCAAUUGAAGUGCUCAAUUUUAUCAAACUUACGGCGGACUCUUUCCCAAAUACAUGGAAUGCGUAUAGAGUGCUUUUGACUAUACCGGUUAGUGUUGCCUCGGGAGAAAGAAGCUUUUUAAAGUUGAAGUUGAUCAAAAAUUACCUUCGAUCAACCAUGUCACAAGAAAGACUAAAUGGGUUAGCCAUGUUAUCAAUUGAAAAUGACUUGGUGAAAGAGGUGGAUUAUACAAAUUUAAUUGAUAGUUUUGCUUCUAGAAAUGCAAGACGAGUAAUAUUCAAGUGA